AUGGCGACGCUUGUAAUUUUCCGCCAGCAAGAAUUCCUCAAUUCUCCCAAACCCGCAGACUUGGCUCGCAGGAAGUUUGUAAAGCCUAAUGAGGACAGUGAUUAUCCUGAUAUGGCUAAGGAAGCGGGCCAGAAGGCUUUAGCUGACGCUGGCAUUCCUUAUUCAGCAGUGGAGCAAGCAUGUGUGGGUUAUGUGUUUGGUGACUCAACCUGCGGACAAAGGGCCAUCUACCACAGUUUGGGGUUAACUGGCAUUCCUAUCAUUAAUGUUAACAACAACUGUGCUACUGGAUCUACUGCUUUAUUCAUGGCUAGGCAGCUGAUAGAAGGAGGUUUGGCAGAUUGUGUUCUUGCACUUGGCUUUGAGAAGAUGGAAACGGGCUCCAUUGGUUCAAAAUUUUCAGACAGAACUAAUCCAAUUGACAAGCACGUGGAAUUAAUGAUAAAUAAACAUGGCUUAGUCAAUGUUCCAGUAGCACCUCAGAUGUUUGCAAGGGCUGGCAAAGAACAUAUGGAGAAGUAUGGGACAAACCCAGAAUACUUUGCAAAAAUUGCAUGGAAGAAUCAUAGCCAUUCAACUAACAAUCCGUAUUCCCAGUUCCAAAAGGAGUAUACAUUAGAUGAAAUUCUGCAUUCUCGCCAAAUUCUUGAUUUCUUAACUGUCUUACAGUGUUGUCCUACAUCAAAUGGUGCUGCAGCUGCAAUUUUGGCUAGUGAAGAGUUUGUGAAAAAGCAUAAAUUGCAAUCAAAAGCUGUGGAAAUUCUAGCCCAGGCGAUGACUACUGAUUAUCCAAGCACAUUCGAAGAGAACAGCUGUAUUAAGGUGGUUGGCUAUGAUAUGACUAAAGGAGCUGCUAAAAAAUGCUUUGAAAAAGCAGGCAUGAAGCCUGAAGAUGUUGAUGUGAUUGAACUCCACGAUUGUUUCUCAGUUAAUGAGUUACUUACCUAUGAAGCCCUGGGACUCUGCCCUGAAGGAAGAGCAUGUGACCUGAUUGACAGAGGAGACAAUACUUAUGGAGGAAAAUGGGUUAUUAAUCCCAGUGGUGGCUUGAUCUCAAAGGGGCAUCCGCUUGGUGCUACAGGCCUGGCGCAGUGCGCGGAGCUCUGCUGGCAGCUGCGCGGCCUGGCCGGGCGGCGGCAGGUGGCGGGGGCGAAGGUGGCGCUGCAGCACAACCUGGCCCUCGGCGGCGCCGUCGUCGUGACGCUCUACGGCAUGGGCUUCCCCGCGGCCCGCAGUGACUCCCGUGUUGUGGCUGUGCCUCUCAGUGCAGCUGUUGAUGGAUUCAAGUCACAUCUGGUCUUCAAGGAGAUUGAAAAGAAGCUCCAAGAGGAAGGAGAGCAAUUUGUAAAGAAAAUAGGAGGUGUUUUUGCCUUCAAAAUAAAAGAUGGUCCUGGUGGAAAAGAAGCAACAUGGAUAGUAGAUGUGAAAAAUGGAAGAGGGUCUGUGGAUGUUAAUUCAGAUAAGAAGGCUGAUUGUACAAUUACAAUGGCCGAUGCUGAUUUAUUAGCUCUGAUGACUGGCAAAAUGAAUCCUCAGACAGCUUUCUUCCAAGGCAAAUUGAAGGUUUCUGGGAACAUGGGCAUGGCAAUGAAGCUUCAGAAUCUACAACUUCAGCCAGGCAAAGCUAAACUCUGAGAUCAUUAGACUAGACAGUCAAUUCUUCCUAUUUUUGACAAAAAAAAAUAGAAUGAAGCUAGUUGUUUGCAAUAAUUUGACACAGGUUGGACUUAAUUGGACCUGUCUCAUUUAAAUCCUGUGGUUAAGAGACCUUAGUACUCUUACGAAAUUCCAUCAACUUAUGGCAGACUUUUAGGCUAAGCUUGAGACAUUAACUCUUACAAGUGAUUAUGGUGGGUAGUAUGUAA